UACACUGACCUGUCACAUUUCACACAGCCGGACGGGGAGAAGUUCAUGAAAGAUAUGCAAUGUUGUAGUAGGCGGUCUCGUCUGUAUUUGGGGUGUUACUCUCAGGAUACGCUUGUGUGUCGUCAGAUGUCAUUCAGCCAUAAGCACUGCCAUCGCGUGCAGGACCAUUUUAACAUCAUCUGUACAACAUGGAAGAACCUGUAACCAAGUUUCAGUUCGAGCUGGAUCUGGUUGAUAUUUUAUGGAGGCAGGAUGUGGAUUUGGGGGUGGAGAGAGAGGUCUUUGACGGAUGUCUAAGGCAGAGGACGGAGGAGGCCAGGAGAGCGAGGGAGAGAGAGCAGAAGAGAGAGAGAGACCGAGAGAGGAUUAUGCAGAGGUUACAGAAACUAGACCAGGAGACGGGAGAAUUUCUGCCGAGCCUUUCUUCAGUCAGCUCCCAGGUCAUGUCAUGCUCUGUAAAAUCACCCUCUACGGUGUCCACUCAGCAGUCACCCAUUACCCAGAAUCCCCUGCUGACCGCUCUGCUGUUUUCUAAGUCUCAGAAAGCCGAUUCGGAAGAGCAGGCGUUUAGUGAACUUCCAUCAGUAGCAGAUUUACAGUGUUAUUUGGAUCUGUUGGAGUCUGAGAGCCCAAACUCGCCUUUAGAGGACAUCAUUGACAUGUGCCGAAACAUCCCGUCACAUGAGGAAAACUCAGAGGAUGAGCUGUGUGAUCUCAGCGAACUAACAAAGGCCAUUUCUGAGUCUUCAGACGUCGCUCAGCUGUUAUCCACGCCCUGUAAUUCACUUCUGGAGACGUGCGUACCAGCGCUGUCAGAUUCAACCGAUUCACCUUUAAACACAGUUUUAAGCUCCAGUCCGCCUGAGAAUCUCAAUCAGAUGAGUUUAACUCAAUGCCAGUCCAUCUUCAGUGAGUUCUGUCCUGAACCGAGCGUCAGUAGCAGCGCACAGAUUCACCCUGAAGAGUCGAGCGGUCCGGCCGGAUGGGAAACCUCACGUCCGCUUCCAUGUGUCACUGACAGCCCCGUCCUGAUGGGUUUUGAUGACUCUGCUUCUUCUGGGUUUGUAGAUCUGGACACAUCUCUGUAUGCUUCUGACCAAUCAGAAGAGGAGCUAGUGUGCAUCCAAUCAAAUUACAUCGACCUGCUCCCCGUAUCCCUGGAUGAACACGUUACGUGUGCGCAAGACAAACCCCAAACACAACCUCUGCCCAACCUCAAAACGAGGAGAGGAGCCCGGCGGGUGUGUCGUGACGAGCAGCGGGCCCGAGCGUUAGGUUUGCCGCUCAGCGUGCGUGACAUCAUCACCCUGCCCGUGGAGCCGUUCAACGAGGCCGUCAACUCCGGCAAACUCAGCAACGCUCAACUGACCCUCAUCAGAGACAUUCGACGGCGUGGCAAAAACAAGAUGGCCGCCCAGAGCUGCCGCAAGCGGAAGUUGGACAGUCUCGUGGAUCUUGAAGAAGAGGUGGAGACUCUGAAGAGGCAGAAGGAUGAGGGUGAGGAGGAGCGAGAGAGGAACACCACAGAUCUUCGAGAUACUAAAGAAAAGCUCAGGAAACUUUACAACGAGGUGUUCAGCCAGCUCCGAAAUGAGCACGGAAACCCCUACGACCCCAAACGCUACAAACUUCAGCUCAGCACUGAUGGAACGGUUUACCUGCUGCCAAGUUCAAUCAAGAACAAUACAUCGCAAGAGAACGCACCUGUUGCUGUGUAACUUGCGGUACUCAUGACAUCACAAAGUCACAUGACUCUGGACAUCUUUUUUAUGAAUGGGCCUCUUCGUCCUGAAGUCCAUUGGGUGGGCUUUACCAUACAAGUCCGGGACAAAAUUUCAGUUAUCCUCCAUGACAGCACUGAGAAUAUGUAAAGUAUAUAUUUUUUUGUCACACAUACACAACUUUUAUAGAUUGAAAUGCCAAAAUUAAACCAUUUUGUUUAUGUUGCGCUAUAUUGACACUUUACAUAUUAAAUAUUGCCAGUGCAAUCAACCCCCAGUGUUCAAUUUGACAUAAGAAUGGUUUCAUUCUUAUACUUGUGUUCGAUUCGCAGAGAACACACUGAUGUUUAAUGCGGCUUCUGCAAAAUAAAAAGAUACAUGUAGAUAGAAAUACUGUAGCUCAUUCUAAGGUAAUAAAAACAUAAUGCUUCAUUUUGUAAGGUCUCUAUACAACAUAGUUAUUUAUAACACGGGGCUGUUGAAUGCUUCAACCUGAUUGGUUUACAAACGUUCUAUGGGUAUGCAUUAACUUUCAGUAAAAUGUGAAGGUGUUCCAAGUCUGCUGACCGCAUUACAGUUCCAUAUCACUUCGCGCAGUUUAGACAACAGAAGGUUAUAGUGUAGCCUACAGGCCAUCACCGCACACAGCACCCUGUUCUUGAUCUGACGUUAUAAUGUCAAACUGGACUGUUAACGGAAACGUGUGCAGUUUUGUUUCAUUAAACAAAGCAUUAAAAAAAACAAGAAAUACAUUGAAAUAUAAUAAGUAAAAUAUCUAAUUAGAAAAGCAAAAUGCAUUAAUAAACACGGAUAGCCUACUGGUUCGUUUUCCUCUUCGUGCUCCUUAUACCUAAUAACAAAUAUAUUUUGAUAGACCUACU